AUGCCUGAGCCUCGGAGACAAUUGUCAUUGAAUCAACAAAGUGUUGGCAAAAAACUAAGAAACAAGGGUGAACCUGCCAAACCCAUGAGGAGGGUCCGGAUUGUAUACAACGACCCGGAUGCUACCGAUUCAUCUGAUGAUGAGGGAGUCUGUGAGAAGAAAAUUAAGCGAGUUGUUCGGGAUAUUUUUUAUCCGACUGGGGACUUUAAUCAAACACCUAAAACCCUUGAAACAGAGAGUUCAGUUCAAGAAAGCAAUGAUGAGGAAAAGAACCUCAAGAAGAAGAGGGUUUUAGCCGUUACUGCAAACAAGCGGAGUAUUGUUCCAGGGAAAUACAAAGGUGUUCGGCAACGGAAAUGGGGCAAAUGGGCUGCUGAAAUUCGUGACCCUUUUAAGCACAGAAGGGUCUGGUUGGGUACUUACAAUACUGCUGAGGAGGCAUCGAAAGCUUAUGAAAUGAAACGCCUGGAAUUUGAGGCAGCGGUGGCUAUUAGUAUGGACUCAUCUGAUAAGAGUUCAAACAACAAAAACCAAAUGAAAACUGAUUGUUAUGUGGUGGAUUCUGAGCCCGUUAUGAACCCGAACAAAGAUCUUUAUGCUUGUUGUAUCUCUGAGGACUCGAAUGGAAGUAUGUUGUCACUUACUUCGAAAACAUCCCCAGAAUCGGUGCUUGAAUUGGAUUCUUUAACCUCGAUUUUAGGAACCAAUGUCAAGUUUGGUGAUAAGAAUCCCCAGAACAUUGAGGCUAAUGUUGACGAGAAAAUGGCUGAUUCAGGACUAAUGGAUAAGGAAUUGUUAUCGAUGGCUCAAAUUGGAGAAGGAAUGGACUUGGAUUUUGAGAUUGACUCUCUAAUGGCUAUGGAUGAUUUUGAGCCACCGUUGGAUGAUUUAUUCAGUGGUUUCGAAGAUCUCCCAAUCUGUGGGUUCGAGGACGCAGGUCAGCCUAGCGCCCUGCCGGAUUUUGACUUUGACUUCAGCUUUGAGGUUUGCAACGAAGUCUUAACUUGGGUGAACGAAGAACCAGCGAUGAAUGGAGAAGCAACCGGAUUGAAUGGAACUCCUGCACCCCUCAAUAUAGCUUGCCCAUAA